CUUUCCAUUUAGCAUAAAAAAAACAACAAUGGAUCUUCAAUUCUCUUCAUUUCUUCUUCUUCCUCCAUUCCUCCUUACCUCCAUGAUAAUUCUAUUCUUGAUGAUCAUGAAAACAUCAAGAAUCACAAAAAAAUUGCCACCAGGUCCAUGGAAAUUACCCAUAAUAGGAAACAUUCACAACUUACUCGGUUCUCUACCGCACCAUCGUCUCCAUGCCCUAGCUCAGCAAUUCGGACCGAUCAUGCAUCUUCAACUCGGUGAAGUUACCACCAUCGUCGUUUCUUCUCCGAAACUCGCGAAAGAAAUCAUGAAAAUCCAUGACGUUAAUUUCGCCAGCAGACCCUUUAACGUCGCAGCGAAUAUCAUCUCUUAUAACUCUUCAGACAUUGCUUUCGCCCCGUAUGGCGCGGUUUGGAGACAGAUGAGGAAAAUUUGCGUUAUGGAGCUGUUUACUGCUAAACGAGUUCAAUCGUUCCAACUCAUUAGACAAGAAGAGAUUCUGAAUGUUAUGAAAUCAAUUUCUUGGUCCGAAGGGCUUAAGGUUAAUCUGAGUACGUUGUUGUUUGGUUACACGUAUAAGGUUGUCUCGAGGGCAGCUUUUGGUAAGAUGAGAAAAGAACAGGAAGAAUUUAUUCCGUAUGUAAAGGACAUAAUUGAAGUUAUUUCAAGUUUUAGUGUUGCUAAUUUGUUUCCUUCUGUUAAAUUGCUGCAUAAUAUUGGUGGUUUGAGAGCUAAAAUGGAAAUGUUACAUCAAGAAUCUGAUAAGAUACUUGAAAGUAUCAUUAAUGAUCAUAAAUUAAAACGAAAAGGUUUGCGGAAAACGAUGAACGAUGAAGAAGAAGGUGAUGAUCUUGUCGAUGUUCUUUUGAAUCUUCAGGAGAAAGAAAAUUUUGAUUUCACUUUGACAACAGAAAACAUCAAGGGAGUCAUCUUGGACAUGUUCAUUGCGGGGAGUGAAACUUCAUCGACGGCUACAGAAUGGGCAAUGUCGGAACUGAUGAGAAAUCCAAUAGUGAUGGAAAAAGCACAAGAAGAAAUAAGAAAAGUGUUUGGCAAGAAAGGAUAUGUAGACGAAGAAGAUCUUGGAGAACUAAAGUACCUAAAAUUAGUAAUUAAAGAAACUCUAAGACUACACCCUCCACUUCCAUUAGGGCUACCAAAAGAAUCCCAUGAAGAAUGUGAACUCAAUGGAUAUUGCAUACCAAAUAAAUCUAAAGUGAUUAUUAAUACAUGGGCAAUCGGAAGAGAUCCAAAUUAUUGGAGUGAAGCUGAACGUUUUAUUCCCGAAAGAUUUAUAGAUAGCAAAAUAGAUUUCAAAGGAACUAAUUUCGAGUUCAUACCAUUUGGCGGUGGAAGAAGAAUGUGUCCGGGCAUGACGUUUGGGAUAGCUAAUGUAGAGCUUCCCCUGGCGAAUUUACUAUACUAUUUUGAUUGGAAACUUCCUCAUGAAAUUAAGCCAAAUGAUUUGGACAUGACUGAGGCUAUUGGGGCUUCACUUAGAAGGAAAAUUGAUUUGAGUUUAAUUCCUAUUGUACAUCAUCCUCUGCCUAUUGUACCAUAAAAAUCUCAAUUUUUUUAUAAGAUAUGUAAUGAUACUAUAGUGAUAUUUAUGUAAUA